UCCUCUUUCAUUCUCUGUCCUGUUCUUCUGAAAUUCUCAAAAAAUAUCAUUUUGUUUGGCUGAUUGGAUUCUCGAUAAACUACCUUAUAGACAUGGAUAUAAUACAGGAUCGAACUGAAGAAACUCAUGUUAAUACAGAUUUAGAUGAUCAAAUGUUUUUGGAUGUAAACACAAAGGAACCAUUUUCGCAAAAGGUUAGAAAACCGUAUACAAUAACUAAACAGCGUGAAAAAUGGACUGAGGAUGAGCAUAAGAAGUUCAUUGAGGCUCUCAAGUUAUAUGGACGGGCUUGGCGUCGAAUUGAAGGUUAUGUAGGCACAAAAACUGCAGUUCAAAUCCGGAGUCAUGCUCAGAAGUUCAUUUCUAAGGUUGUGCGUGAAUCAUGUAGCAGUGAAGCAGGCUCAGUGAAGGCAAUUGAAAUCCCACCUCCUCGGCCGAAGAGAAAACCUGUCCAUCCAUAUCCACGAAAAAUCAUUACGCCUUCACUCAAAGCAGGGAUUUCAGGUGUUCAAGAAGUUCUUGGGAGAUCCCCAUCUCCAAAUUUCAAUGCUGAAGAAGAAGAAGAAGAACAGCAAUCUCCUACUUCUGUAUUGUCUUCUGUGAUAGAUUCAACCACAACACCUAGUAGUAAACUGUCACCAGUUUCAUCCUUUACUCAAUCUCCCAUGAAACUGGAUUGUUCUGUACAAGGAAGUGAUGAGGACAAAGAUAUUUCGAUUAAGGAAAAACCAAUUCAGAGUCUUAAGCUAUUUGGUAAGACUGUUUUAGUUACUGAUUUCCAUACUCCUACAGAGGAGAAAGGAAUUACACCAGAUUCAUCGCCUGGAAACAUAAUUACCACGGUAAAUUACAUGGAUUUAGCUGAUGUUGGUUCUUCUGGAGGAGGCAUGAUGAACUUUCCUCUGAUCUUUCCCAUACAUGUCCCAUUUUCCACUAAGACAGCUGGAUCUUCCAUGAGUGGACAGACACAAGAUAAAGAAAUUCAGAAAGAAGGUUCUUGGACUGGUUCAAACACCGGUCCAUUGAACUCGAACUGGGAAACAGAGGCACACAGCCACCAACAGAGGCCGGAGAAGCGUUUGAAAGGUUUUGUUCCGUAUAAGAGAUGUGUUGAACAAAGGGAAAUGCAGUCACUCUCGAAAAUGAGAGAAGAUGGAAAUGAAGAUAGGAGCAUCCGUCUUUGUUUAUAGCCACAAUGGACUAAGAGCCCCUAAGUUGGCGGGAUAGCAAGUCCAUUACUGUUUCAAGCUUUACAAUGCCUGAAAUGCUGAAUAUAUGUUAAUAUGUGAAGGGGGGUAAAGCCUUAUGGCCUUUGGUAGCACGACACACUAAGGGUAUCUGAUUCUUCCGAAUUGUCUACUUACAUUCUUUAUGGAAUGGGUGGCGAAGGAAAGGAAAUUGUGUACGACAGUUACUGCAUUCAUCUUCUGGGCAAUUUGGACAAAGCGGAACAAGUAUUUUUUCACAGGUGUCUAACUCCCGGAUGAUUUGGACAAAAGCAAAGAGCGUGACGAUCGAGCAAGGAUUAAUCUGCACUCGAUGAUGUGAUUAAUAAAAUUGUUUUAUCUGUAAUUGGAGCUUAUUAGUUAUAAAUUGAGUUAAGACUCAAGACUCUUCAUACUGUAUAUUAUUAUUAUUAUGUUCAGUUAUUUUAUUUCUUCAAUUUGUA